AUGCCAGCGACCAAGGAUAUUUUCGCUCUUAGUGAUGAAGAAUUCAUUAAGUGGAGUGAAGAGGAACUAGAGCAAAAUCAGAAAGUCAAAGCCCGUUUCAUUGAACUUCGUUCAAAGCCGUACGUUUUCUGGCCGAUAGACGCUAGUAAAGAAAAAAGUACCUCUCGCUGGAUGGUAGCUGUUAUCUACUCAACGCCGAGUUGGGAUCAAGCUGACCCUGACAAUCCCCAAGAAAAUGAAAGACCAUACGACCGGGUUAAAGAGAUGGCCAUCAUAGACCCUUCGUGGAACGUUGACGAUGGAGAAAUGGCCGAUAAAAUUGUAUUUAACAGGAUCAUCAGUGUCGUGGAAGAGUUAGGCAUGGAAGUAGAGUCAUGGAUUGACACCCCAGUACAAAUCUGGAUCCCUCCACAGAAUCAAGCAGGCGCGUCUCAUGGGGACAAGGAUUACGACGACUUUAGCUCCGGUUUACGGGCCUUCAGUAAUAUCAAAGAAAUAAUCGACCGCAUAUCGUGGGCUUAUAGCAAGAGGCCUAAGAGAUAUGAGUAUGAUGCUGUAUGGGGUGAUUUAACUGGCUAUUUCAAUCCCGAUCGCGUGCGUAUGGAGAUGAUCGGCUUAGCAUCAAUGGCCGUGAACCGGGUCAUGGAUUACCGCACACGGGUGGCCAUAGAGCCGGUAUCAGAUUUAUUCAUUGGGUUAGAGGAACGAGUGAUCGAUCCUCAGGCUUUGAAACCUUGGCAGGCACAUCGAUAUCCAGAAUGGAAUUCAAGUGAACCCGGAUAUGAUAAAGAUGGGGAUCACCGUUGUUGGAGUGACGACGAGAUACAUCAACGUCUUGUAGAGGCAGGUCGUGUAGAGGGCGAAGAUGGGAAUGAAAGUCAAGUAGAAGACCCUGAAAGAGGGGGUAUAGGGGGGAAAAAAGAGGAGGCCAAACCAGAUGAGUCAAAGGAGCAGGAAGAAUUGGAGGAAGAGGAUGAGGAGGAGGAAGAGGAUGAGGAGGAGGAAGAGGGUGAGGAGGAAGAAGGGGGCGAGGAGGAAGAAGAGGAGGAAGGGGAACUAGAAGAGCCAGAGGAACUAGAAGAGCCAGAGGAGCUAAAGGAGCCAGAGGAGACAAAAGAGCUAGAGGAACCAGAAGAGCCAGAAGAACUAGAAGAACCAGAACUAGAAGAACCAGAAGAACCGGAGGAAGAGGGUGGGGAGGAAAAGAAAAAAGGGAGGAAAGAAGCCAAAGAUAGGGAAGGGGAAAAGAAAAAGGAAAAGAAGGGUACUCGGCCAGUACCUCCGCACAGAGUCGAAAAUGAGCUUGAAGAUAUACAAGAAUUGCCAAUUUCAGACCCUGACUCGGAGGAUUCAUUGCCCACUAUUGAAGAAAUCUUUUCUACUCCAAGAACGGGCACAAAGGUAAAGAGGAAGGACACUCCCGGUAACAAACCCUCUCCUAGUGUUGUCCAUAACACGCCCGGCGAAUUGAGUAACUUUGAUGAUAGUUCCAUCGAAGUUAGCUCGAAUCCCAGAAUCCGAACGGAUAAUAAUCAGGGGACUGGAGGAACGCCGGAAGAGAAGACGUCAAGGCAUGCCCAGGCUGUAACCCCAACUCCUCGGCCUAUAUUUGUAACCCCAAGUCCUCGACCCAUACCAGUAGAAGAAGAAUCUUCUGACAAUUCGGAUGUCGAUCGAGCUCGUAAGAGGAGGUCUACUGGUUCUGAGGGCUUACUCGAAACGCCGCCCCGGAAGAGGUCUAAGACGUGA